AACUGUCAGUUGUCACAAAAGUUUAGAUUCCAACGGUUCAUUCAUUUAAAUUUUUUAUCAAUAAAGUAAAUUUAAAAAGGCCUAGAAUUAAGUUAUUUCACCUAUAAAUAACAAUGGACACUAAACGGGCAAAAAAUAACCAAAGCAACAAGUUUCUCAAACUCUCACUCAAGAAAAAUCGCCAUAAAACGGAUGAAAUGACAAACAAAGUAAACCGCAGCUCCGAUGUUAUCAUACUUGACGAGUCUUUCGAUAGAAUUAGAUCGGAAUUUAUAAACUACAAACCACCAAAAAUAUAUUCUCCGAUAAUCAUAAAUGACUCUUGUGAGCUAUCAACAGAUGAUCUACCAGAAGUGUCUCACAAGAAACCAAGUACAGUUGGCAAUGUCUCAUUUAACGGUUCCUUACAAGAAACAAGUCCUACCAACCAAAAAAGACCCAGCGUAGGUGGUUGGUCACCUGCCCAAAACAUACUCUGUGCUACACCAAGAAACGAAGCUGUACCAUCAACACCAAAGGACGUAAUGAAUGAAUCGUUAGAACAAUGUUCUAUAAAAACAAUCCAACACUCACAAAAAAAGUUAUUGAACGACCUCUAUGGAGAGACAUGGAAAUCAAUACCUGCCUUGUUCAAAACAUUGAAACACAAUUAUUCCAACUUCAAUGGUGUGACAAAGAAACUGCAGUUUGACGAUGAUGAAAAAGAAAAUGUUAGGCAUAAUCUAAAGGAAAUUAAAACUCAAUAUUUAACAGAAUCGGAGACUAAAAAACGAGCCGAGUUAUUAGAUAGUGAGAAGAAGUCUAAACGGAAGUUGUAUACAGAAAAGGUGCCAAGUACGCCAGAGCCUCCCAAGUUUAAGAGAAAUGUUAAUUCUACUACUAAGAAAAAAACUGUGAAUAAAGGGAUGUCUGUUACAGAGUUGGUAGAGAUUAUGAAGAGAGAUAUUGAUGUCCUGACAGAAAAAGUUGGUAAUGUUACAGUUAAACCAGUGGCUGAGAAUGUACAGAGGCUUACCUUUGUUGGUUCCUUAGCAGACAAUGUUCCAUCUUGGCGGUGUCAUCCCGAAGCUAUACAAUAUAGGGACAACUUCAAAACAUUGCGAGAGCCGCUCACUCGUCGACUUUACAACGAGUUCAAUAAGGGUGUAUUUGACGAUGUAUUGGAUGCAGACAUGCCUAUAGUCUGGGAUACUAAAUUAAGGAGUACCGCUGGUACAACAACGAACAGACGGAUAAAGACGGCUAAAGGCGACCGCAUAAGGACAUCAAGUAUUAAACUCUCCACGAAAGUGUUGGAUGCACCGGAGAGAUUACGAGACACUCUCAUACAUGAAAUGUGCCAUGCUGCAACAUGGCUGAUCGAUGGAGAGCUGAAGGCUGGACAUGGACCUUUGUGGAAGAAAUGGGCAACGCGUGCUCUUCGCGUUUACCCGGAGUUGGGAGAGAUAUCGCGGUGUCACGACAUGGCUAUACAUUUCAAAUACUCCUAUAAAUGUACUAAAUGUGGAUACAGUGUCCAAAGGCACUCAAAAUCCCUCGACAUCACCAAAAAAUGCUGCGGUUACUGUCGCGGCACGUUCGAGAUAAUAGUGAACAAGAAAAACAAAGAUGGCGUCGUGGUGUCAACCCCAGCGAGGAAGGGGAACGCGAACGAUUUCGCUAGAUUCGUUAAAGAAAACUAUGCGUUGAAGAAAGAAGGUAAAAGUCAUGCUGAAGUCAUGAAACUUUUAGGCGAAGAGUUCUCAGCCAUGAAGAAGAAUAAGGAGAGUAAAGAAUUAGAUUCCAGUUGAAAUAUAAGGCAUCACGCAGACGCUUCAAUAUGCCAAGAAUUAUUCUGACAUUUGCGAAAUUUAAAACAAUUUUAUAGAACUGUUUCCCGACAAGUAGACGUCUGCAGAGCGCCUUAACAAAUUUGUAGGUUUGAAAAUAAAGGAAUCGUAUUUAAAUUGAUCAUUAAAUUAUGUUAUACGACUUUUUGAGUUAGCGGGGUGGCCCUUUAAAAAAUCUCAUUUUCUGAUCAUAUUGCUUUAAAAAACUCUUGAGCAAUUUCCUAAACCUAAUGACUGAAACAGAAUAAUGUUUAAUAUAUUUUUCAUAAUAUCAAGUACCUACCUCUAUUGAAUUUCAGAGUUAAGGAGGUUAAAAAAAUAUUUAGUACAAAUUACUAUGCAUAAGUUAAUGUACAAAGAAAUAUUUCCAUAAUUUAAAUAAUCUAUCGAAUAUUAAUGUUAUUUACGUCUUUAGUACGGUCUAACAUCAAUUCAAUCUUAUUUGACCAAAGUACAGUCAUCCACAUAAGUAACUGAACAAAUUCAAAUCGCCAAUACAUUUUUAUAUUCUGAGAACUGUUUUUUUUUUUCACAAAAAAAUAGAUUUUAUGAAAUUCACACCAAGAAUUUUUUUUUUUUUCAAUACUUCGGUGCAUAAGCGAUUUUAAGUUUUGUAUUUGUUCAGAUAAGUAUUGUAUCUUUGUACAAAGAAUAACCUCCAAAGAUUGCCUCAUCACAAUUUUAGAAAAACUAUAUUUUAGAAGGUAGGUAUAUGUUUAUAUUAUUUAUCUUCGAAAUAUUUAUUAUAAUGUAUAUAGUUUAGACUGUUGUACUGGUUACAAUCGUAUAACUAACUAAUGUUAUGAAUGCGUUCAUAUUUUCAAUUAAACAAUAUUUUUGGACGUCAAAUUGGCACAUUGAAUAUG